AUGGCAUGUCCAGUUUCACAGGCUUCAGUUUCAGUUGGUGAAGGGUCAGAAUCAUGCUCACAGAAAGCUCUCGAAGAAGACCAGGACUUGGAAUACGAAGAUGAUUUGUAUGAUGAUGGCGUUGAUGUUCACGACAUCCUGGAAGAAGCCGUCGACAAGAUUAAGAAAGAAGCAGAAGAAUCUGAACCUAUACCGAUUAUAUGGAAAUACGUGCCCGAACGCCUUGAACAUGACCAUUUUAUGAAUCUCCCAGAAGGAUGGGCUCGUAUAACGCAUAACAGUGGGAUGCCUGUGUAUCUGCAUCGAAAGACACGUGUGAUAUCGUUGGCGAAGCCUUACUUCAUCGGAACCCAAGGAGUUCGUGACCAUCGUAUCCCUGUCACAGGAGUGCCAUGUCUUCAUCAGCGGAAAGUUCUUGAAAGGGACGCUGCUCUUGCGAAAGAAGCUGAGAAACAGAAGAAUAUUGCCACCGAAUCAGCUUUGGAAAGUGAAAUCAAACAGAAACUUAUCGCUCCUGCCGUGAAGAUUGAGGUUUGUCGCGUUUAA